CUGCCGCUUCCCACCCUUUUCCUGCCUCUUCCCCUGCCGCCGCCGGCUGCGCUCGGGCCUGUGAUCGCCACGCCAAGGCCGCCGCGGGGGAGCCUGCUUCGACUGGGAUCAGCCGCUGGAAGCUCCGGGGUAGGUGGGAUGAGUCCAGGCCUCCGUGCCAUCCCAGCGUGCUGAACAGCGAGUAGUUAACACUGCUUCAGCCUGCGCUGACUCGGAGUUUAAACAAAUCACAUUGAAUCAUGGCAGCAGACUCUAUGGAAAUUGAUGAUGCUUUGUAUAGUCGCCAGAGGUAUGUUCUUGGAGACACAGCAAUGCAGAAGAUGGCUCAGUCCCACGUGUUCCUGAGUGGUAUAGGUGGCCUUGGGGUGGAGAUUGCCAAAAACAUCAUUCUGGCUGGGGUAAAGGCUCUUACAGUUCAUGACACCAAGCACUGCACAAAAUGGGAUUUGGGGAUCAACUUCUUCAUCCAUGAAGAUGAUGUUACCAGUCAAAGGAACAGGGCUGAGGCCACACUUCCUCGUAUUGCAGAACUCAAUCCAUAUGUCCAUGUAGCAGCAUCAACUGUGCCACUAGAUGAAACCACAGAUCUGUCUUUCCUAAAGCACUACCAGUGUGUCAUAUUGACUGAAGUAAGUCUGUUGCUGCAGAAGAAGAUUAAUGACUUCUGUCAUGCUCAGCAGCCACCUAUUAAGUUCAUCAGUGCAGAUGUAUAUGGAGUAUGUUCACGUUUGUUUUGUGACUUUGGUGAUGAAUUUGAAGUGCUGGAUACAACAGGAGAGGAACCAAAGGAGAUCUUCAUUUCAAAUAUAACACAAUCAAAUCCUGGUAUUGUCACUUGCCUUGAAAAUCAUCCACACAGGCUUGAAACAGGACAGUUCUUAACCUUUCGGGAAGUUAAUGGAAUGUCGUGCUUGAAUGGAUCCACACACCAAAUAACAGUGGUGUCACCUUACUCCUUCAGCAUUGGUGAUACAUCAGAGAUGGAGCCUUACCUGCAUGGAGGCAUAGCUGUGCAAGUGAAGACGCCCAAGAUGUGUUACUUUGAACGGCUGGAGAAGCAGAUAACAAAUCCAUUAUGCCUUGUUGCAGAUUUUAGCAAGCCUGAGGCACCUUUGCAGAUCCAUGUUGCCAUGCUUGCCUUGAACCACUUCCAGGAGAACUUUGGUCGUGGACCGAACAUUGGAUGCCUUCAAGAUGCUGAGGAAAUGCUGAGAAUAGCCAUGUCUAUAAGUGAAACACUGGAAAACAAACCUCAGGUGAAGGGAGAUGUGGUGAAAUGGCUGUCUAGAACUGCUCAGGGAUUUCUACCUCCUUUGGCCGCAGCAGUAGGUGGUGUUGCUAGCCAGGAAGUCCUGAAAGCAGUAACAGGGAAAUUUUCUCCCUUGCAGCAGUGGCUAUAUAUAGAUGUUUUAGACAUUGUAACGCCUCUAGAGAAGGUGGGCUCUGAGGAGUUUCUCCCACGGGGAGAUAGAUACGAUGCCUUGAGGGCUUGUAUCGGAGACUCUCUGUGCCAGAAGCUCCAUGAUUUGAAUGUUUUCUUGGUUGGCUGUGGAGCCAUAGGCUGUGAAAUGCUGAAAAACUUUGCACUUCUUGGUGUUGGUACUGGGCAAGACAAAGGAUUGGUUACAAUUACAGAUCCAGAUUUGAUAGAGAAAUCCAACUUGAACAGGCAGUUUCUUUUUCGACCUCAUCACAUACAGAAACCUAAGAGCUACACUGCAGCAGAAGCAACUCUGAACAUCAAUCCUUACAUAAAGAUUGAUUCAGAUAUUAAUAAAGUUUGUCCAGCCACUGAGAACACUUACAGUGAUGAAUUCUACACCAAGCAAGAUGUGAUUGUGACUGCUUUGGACAAUGUUGAAGCCAGGAGAUACAUUGAUAGUCGUUGUGUAGCAAACCUGCGUCCUCUUAUAGACUCUGGAACUAUGGGAACAAAAGGACACACAGAAGUUAUUGUGCCCCAUCUGACAGAGUCCUACAAUAGUCAUCGGGAUCCACCAGAGGAAGAAAUACCUUUUUGCACCUUGAAGUCUUUUCCAGCUGCUAUUGAGCAUACGAUACAGUGGGCGAGAGAUAAGUUUGAAAGUUCAUUUUCUCACAAGCCUUCAUUGUUUAACAAGUUCUGGCAAACCUAUCCGUCAGCAGAAGAAGUUUUACAGAGAAUAAAAUCAGGAGAGAGCUUGGAAGGCUGUUUUCAUGUUAUUAAAACUCUCAGUAGAAGACCCCGAAGUUGGACUCAAUGUGUAGAACUAGCAAGAGUAAAAUUUGAAAAGUAUUUUAGCCAUAAGGCUCUUCAGCUCCUUCAUUCAUUUCCCCUUGAUACACGAUUAAAAGAUGGAAGUUUGUUUUGGCAAUCACCAAAGAGGCCUCCUUUCCCUGUGAAGUUUGAAUUUAAUGAUCCUUUGCACUAUGGUUUCAUUGUGAGCACAGCGAAGCUCUUUGCAACAGUGUACUGUGUUCCUUUCACAGAAAAGGACUUGUCAGAGGAAACCAUUUUGGGGAUUAUUUCAUCUGUGAAGGUACCAGAGUUUAGACCUUCAAACAAAGUUGUACAAACAGAUGAAACUGCAAGAAAACCAGAUCAUAUUCCUGUCAGCAGUGAGGAUGAAAGAAAUGCUAUUUUCCAGCUGGAGAAGUCUAUAUUAUCCAAUGAAGCUCUGGAAACUGACUUGCGAAUGAAGCCCAUCUCCUUUGAGAAAGAUGAUGAUAGUAAUGGGCACAUAGAUUUUGUAACAGCAGCGUCAAACCUGCGAGCCAAGAUGUACAACAUCGAACCAGCAGAUCGGUUCAAAACAAAGCGCAUUGCUGGAAAGAUUAUUCCUGCCAUUGCAACAGCUACUGCGGCAGUAUCAGGGCUGGUUGCACUGGAACUCAUUAAAGUUGUGGGUGGCUACCCAGCUGAUGCAUACAAGAACUGUUUUCUGAACCUAGCCAUUCCCAUAAUGGUCUUUACGGAAACUGCUGAAGUAAGAAGAACAGAAAUCAGAAAUGGGCUAUCAUUUACCAUCUGGGACAGGUGGACAAUUUAUGGGAAAGAGGAUUUUACUCUGUUGGACUUCAUAAAUGCUGUCAGAGAGAAAUAUGGAAUUGAACCAACUAUGGUUGUACAAGGAGUCAAAAUGCUCUAUGUUCCUGUGAUGCCAGGCCAUAUUAAAAGAUUAAAGUUGACGAUGCAAAAGCUUGUGAAACCAUCAGCUGAUAAGAAGUAUGUGGAUUUGACAGUAUCAUUUGCUCCAGAGACUGAUGGAGAGGAAGACUUGCCUGGGCCACCAGUGAGAUACUACUUUGUUCAGGAAGACAAUUGAUGGUAGAGACACAAAAGUCACUCAUGGACCAUUUGUUCUGAAAGGAGUGUGCUAAUUUUCAGCUAUUAAAGAUGGUACUAUAUAUUUCUUUCUGGUGAAGCCUUAAUUAAAUGGUGAAAAUCAGUGGCUUUGCACUGAAGACAAACUGGA